AUGCCAGAGCCAGCAGAGCCCGAGGUGGAAUCACCGGAGCCCGUGGAGUCCGAGGUUGAGGAGGUGCUCGAAGAACUCGCGCCGAGAGAGCCAGUGUCAGAUGUGCUACCCUCAGCACCACCUGUACCAGUUGCGCUCACUCCGGAUUCACCAGAGCCUUCACCAGAGUUUUCGCCAGAUGCCUCGCCAGAUGCCCCUCCAGAAACACCACCUGAAGCAGUUCCCGAACCAGAGGCACCAAGAGAGCCACUACCCGAAGCACCUAGGCCACCGGAAGUAGUGCCGCUGGCUCCACCAGAAACACCACCGGAUGCACCGCCGGACGAGCCACCAGAAAUACCGCCUGAAGCAGUGCCUGAUCCAGAUGCACCAAGAGAACUACUGCCCGAAGCACCCAGGCCACCCGAAGUGGUGCCACUGGCUCCUCCGGAAACACCACCGGAUGCGCCGCCUGAGGCGGUUCCUGAUCCCGAAGCACCAAGAGAACCAGUACUCGAAGCACCACCGGUAGUAGUGCCGCUAGAUCCUCCAGAAAUGCCACCGGAUGCGCCGCCAGAAGCACCGCCAGAAGCAGCUCCCGACCCCGAGGCACCAAGAGAGCCAGUACCCGAAGCGCCUAAACCACCUGAUGCGCCACCAGAAAUACCGCCGGAAGCGCUGCCUGAUCCCGAGGCACCACCAGUUGCACUAGCACCAACUGAACCAGUCCCGGUAGCGCCCAGGCCUGACGAUCCACUGCCGAAACCACCCCAUCCAAGUCCACCAAGUCCGCUCAGACCACCGCUGAGUCCAGCACUCGCAGACCCAGAUCCCGAGCCGGAAGCCGAAGCCUCGCCAGAGGCCUCGCCCGACGCCUCACCAGAAGAAUCAGCCGAGCCACUUCCAGAGGCACUGCCUUCGCCGAAGAUGGACGAGUCCAUCAAGGAACAGGCAGGGCUUGCGAGCCUCGAGGGUCUUGGUGACGGGCAUCGCGAGGGCAGUGCCCGCGAGCAUGAGAAUGACGGUAUUUUUCAUGUUGAUUGA